AUGAUGAUAUACGGGCAUCAAGACGUUGAUCUCGCGGGUCCCAGUCCAGGUUCACCGCCAGGUAUGACGUCCUCAAAGUCGUCAAAGUCCUCUUCCUUCAAGUCCUUCCAUUCCGACGACAAUAGCGUCCUGGACGACGUUAGUCACUUUGAAGAAAUCGGUCUAGACGACGAUGCUUCUCAUUACGACACACAACGCGUUCGCGAGUCCCAUUCGAAGCCUUCUCAACCUUACUCGAGAUCCUACUCCAACGACUUCCGCCCUCCGUCAUGGAAACCACCCCAUUCUCGCUCUCCGCCGAUGACACGAGACCUUGCGAAGCCUAGAAGCACAGGUCCCACGGCAGACCUCGCUCCCCACUCUCGCGGUUCCUCGCGACCCCCUUUCUUGAGCUUGAAAACCGACAGCCACAUUCUCAACCGCCGCAGCCCAAGCGCUGGCCGCCUUUCCGAUCCCCGUCGAAGCCCGGUGAACCCGGUAAACCCUCGAGGCUUCGCGAGCCACUCGACGACUUCCCUUCAAUUCCCUCGCAAGAAUCGCAGCCCGAGCCCGAACUUCUCACUAUUGCCGAGAGACCCAAAUGUACCCCUGAAACCCCGUCGGGGCAGCUGGCAGUCGAACCAAGACAGAAAAUCGACAUUUGAGCUGGAAAAAGAGUGCGAUGAGGAUGACACAGACGACAUUCCCGAUGGCCUUAUUCUCGACAAUGUUCCCAUCUCUCCUAGACCCAAGCUUGAGCGCACACCAAGCAGACCGACUUCCUCUGGAGCAUCGCCUAACAGGCCGCCAAAGGAACGUGUCCGUAGUGUCGGUAAUGGAACAUCUCCAAUCCCAGUUGAGACGGGAUGUUUGCGUUCACCAUCGUGGAAGUCUGACACCGCUCUGUCUUCUAUCGGCGAGCGUGGGCCUGAACCGCUCAAGACUCGCGCGAGAAGUUGGAACCUCGCAUUGGCAGAACUCAAUGCCGAUGCCAAGGACUUAACGGAGAAGCUCGAGGAGCACUCGGAUUCUGUGCGUGAAAAGGCUGCUGAAAAUGCCAACCCUACCGGACGUCACACGUGGAAUGGCAAAUCUCUCGAGCAGCACGCCCAGAAGCCCCGCGUCAAGUCCGCUCUUCCCGAACUCCCUUCACUCCGGAGUCAAACCAACAUCAUGAUCGACCCACUCCCGGUUUCUAAGGAAAAGGAGGCUGUACUCAGCCGCACAAGACCUUCAUGGCUUCCUCCCAAGGAUCCCGCGGAAGAGAAGCGUCAUCUGCGUGAAUACAAAAAGAUGAUGGCACGCAGCGCCGAGGCAGAUCGCCGCCGUGAAGCUUCACGUCUGGCGCGGAAAUCUUCACGCGAUCUGAAGGUCGACAGCUUGAUGCACAUUUGGGAGGACGACAUCAUCCCGAGAUGGAACGACGCAAUCCGCGAACGUCGCACCCGUGAGUUGUGGUGGAAGGGUAUCGCUCCGCGCAGCAGAGGUCAGGUUUGGUCCAGGGCCAUUGGCAACGAACUUGGCCUGUCGGAAAAGUCCUACAAGGCCGCUCUCGGCCGGUCCCAGGAGCUCGAGGAGCGAGUCAAGGCUGGCAAGGGCGAUUCGGAGGAUAUCCAGAGAGCCGCUUGGCUAUCUGCUAUCCGUAAAGACGUGGCCGAACACACAUGGCAGGAUCUUCGAAUUUUCCAAGUCGGCGGGCCACUUCACCAGAGCCUUGUUGACGUCUUGUUCGCCUAUGCGCUGUACCGGAGCGAUAUCGGCUACGUCAAGGGCUGCAACACCGUCGCCGCCCUUCUGUUACUGAACCUUCCCUCGCCGUCCGCAACAUUCAUUGCCCUCGCCAACGUCCUGAACCGCCCGUUGCCUCUGAGCUUCUACUCAGAAGACCCCGGUGCGAAGGCUUCAGCCUACAACCUAGUCAUGCAGACUUUGAGCGUCAAGGCUCCCCGUCUUCACGAGCACCUGACCAAGGACAUUCCCGAGGGCGAUGCGGAUUUCUACCUCGGCAACUUCUUCAUGGGACUCGGAACCACACAUCUGGCCAUGGACGAAGCCGCCCGCCUGUGGGACGUGUACGUCUUUGAAGGUGACGCAGUCUUGGUACGAGCCGCUGUUGCUACGCUCAUGCGCCACGAAAUGGCUCUCCUUGGCGCCAAGUCGGCUGGUGAAGCCAAGAAGCUGGUCGAAAGCGGCGCCAACAAGGAUGGCCGUAAGGCUGUAGUUGGCGACGAUGGUGCCGAGGACCAGUGGAUGCGAUCCGUUCGGGAAGCGGGCAAAGCCUAG